AUGGGGUUGGUGGCCCCCUGCUUACGGCUGUUCGGUCCCUGCUUUGAGGCUAUUUUUACAUGUUGGGUAAACUAUUCCUUUAAUAUUUUUGCCUCCCCUUGCCUUAGCACCUGUGGUGUGAAUGAUGUACAGUCUAUGGAGGCAGUUUUUAGGCCUCUAAAUGAAGGAAUUGUCUCUAUCUGUAACAUCUGCGAGUCCCUCAAGAAAGCACAUAUUAGUCCCAACACUGACACAUGCUCCAAUCAAGUUAGGAAGCAUAUUGAGGAUGCUGAGCAGUGCCUGAAAACAUCAGAGACAAAGAUUAAAGAAAAACUGGGAUAUUUAGAUGAAAGCAUGGAGCAGCUGAUUAGAGAGAAACUAAAUGUUGAGCAGCAGAAAAAAGAGAAAAGUCUGGCCAUGGAUAAGUUGCGCAUAAAGAUGAAGUCCACUAAGGAAUCAUUAGAGAAUUCCAAAGCAGCUUUUGAGCAGGCUAAAAGAAGUGUGGAAUCAGCAAAUUAUGCCAUAAGAGCAUAUCAAGACAGAAAGAACACAUCUAAUGAUGUAGCAACUGCAGGUGCAGCACUGCUUGCAAUACCAAUUUUUGGAUGGAUUGCUGGUCCAAUAAUGAUGAGUGAGGGACAGCGAGGAUUUGAAGAAGCUUCAAAUGCCUUGAGAGAAGCUGAAUGGGAGAAACAACACUGUGAGUCUCAAGUGAGGAACUGGACUGCAAAAGUGUUUCAUUACGAGGGAGUAAUCUCUAAGACACAGACUGAACUUGAGCAAACCAAUGAAGCACUGAAGAGGACUGAGAGGAAGAUUGAAGAGGUUCAAAAGCAUCUGACCAGCACAGGUGAAAUUCAGGAAGUGGUCAGGAGAACUGUGAACCUUCUGAGUGUUCUUAGUGGAAGAGUCACUGUACUGGAGAGACAAACACAGCGUUUCAUCCUCUGGCAGCCUGUAGUAAAGGUCAUGGAAGAUGUGAUGAAGGCAGUAGUAAAUAUAGCUGAGAAUUGGUUUCUCUAUAGUGACGGUGCACCAGGCCUUAUAAAUACUUUGAGGGAGAAUGUUGGAGGAUUACUGGCUUUAUGCAACACACCCAGUAAUUCUGAAAACGACAGUUAUUACUGAUCAUUUCAAUGUCACCCACAUAGCAAAGGCUUAUAGAGAAAAGGGGUUAGUGGUGUUUUUAGAAACCACUCUGGAAAUAGUUUUUGAAGUUAUCUGUAAAAUGAUUUAGUGUUUAAUGGCUGUUUAACCAUGUCUGACAAAACAGAGAAAAUCGAACAUGAUUUCUGGAUUACAAAACCAUAAAUGUACAAAUUCUGAUUUUAAUCACAAUGCAAAUGAGUUCAUAUCUUAUCCACUGCACAGUUUUUCUUACGAAAUAGCUCAUCAAUUAAUGAAUUAACAGCCUGUUUGCCAAUCUUCAGCAUGUUUUAUACUAUACAGUAUUUUCAUUGUUAUAGUAUAAAACAAAAUAUGUAGAUUUUACCUUGAUAAAAAAAAAAUUAAGGCAGAGUAGAGAAUGUCACGACUGGAAGGACUGUAGCCUUACUAUUUAAUAAUAGAUGUUAAAAUAUCAGUUUCUUUCUUUUAUCUCUUUGGUUUUUAGGUUUUUGCUGAAAUUAGACUUAAAUUGUAAUAACUGCCAUGUUUCUUAUGUACAAUGUAUUUUUAAUGAAUAAAGGACAUGAGUCAUUUAAAAUAGUGUAUUAUAUUUCAUGAUGUUAAAUGAAAAUAAAUAAAUAUGAAAA